AUGGUUUGCAUUUUCCGCGACUCAUUUUUAGAAUCUGAUAGAUUUCUCGCAUAUGCACUUCAUUCUCUCACAUCAAUUGAAAUUCCUCUUCACAUUUUUGGAGCAUACCUGAUAUUGUUUCACACACCGAAAACUAUGCAAAAUGCAAAACUUAAUAUUUUGCUACUCCAUGUUGUCUGCUCAAUUAUGGAUGUUCUUAUCACAAGCGGUUUUGGAUUUUAUAUAUGGAUUCCAUCACCAGCAGGAUAUCCAGUUGGACUGAUGACCCAUCUUGGUACACCUACGAAAGUUCAAUUUCACAUGACACUUUCUGCUGCCGCAAUAUUUUCAUACGUUUCAUUAUUUGAGUUCCGUUAUAAUACUUUGGUGCGAUUCAAUAUAUCGAAAUGUACAAAGUUUAUGAGAGUUUCGUGUUCUUAACAACUUUAUGAUGCUUCUUAUGGGAACUAAUGGAUUGUGGACAAUCCUGGCAAUGAUAUUAGUGCACCAACCCUAUCGUGAAACUGUGUUAAGAUGUUUUAAACAAGAGGUACGUGCAGUCUCAAAUAGAUUCGGUCGUGUGUCAAUUUGGGAAUCUCGUGUGAUUUCGCAAUGA